UCAAGUCAAUCUCUUUCACUAGGCUUGAAAAUGUAGUUUAACUAUUGCUGCAAGACUUCUAAGUCUUUCUGUUGACAAGAAGGUGCUUUGAAGAUUUCUUCACAGCCCUAAAUGUACGUUCUACGACUUUUCCACAUCCACUAUGCUUUUAAACUCAAGUGCAGAACAACUGAGUUCAUAUCUAGUCUUCCUCUUCUUGAGAUAGGACUCAUUAUGGCUUUCACAUCUUUUGUAUGCCUUUUUCUGAUCUUUUACUUAGUUCAGACGAAGGGCAAUAGUAAUUCAACUUGUCCAAAGUCCUUUUCAUGUGGGAAUAAUACUGACAUACGCUUUCCUUUCACUCUUUCCACACAACCUGAAUGUGGAAUAAUGCCCAUGUCUGGUUGUGAUGCCAAACCAUUUCCAAGAAUCCAACUGCUUCCUGGAGGAGAUUGGUACUAUGCUUUAGGCGAGGAGUAUAGUUCUACAGUUCAGCUCGGGGACCCCAAGCUUCAAACUAUAUUGAGGGAAAAUAAGUGUCAAGCUUUUAACAAAAAUAUCUCCCUUCCAAACUCUCCUUCUAUUUCUUUCAUACUCCUCAUAGUGAAUAUUCACAACUUCUUUAAAUGCAACAGCGCUAGCAGUAGCACCCCAAACAAUACCCAGAAGAAUGAUCAUUUUGCUGGUUAUAAAAUGUAUAAUGGCUGUAAAGGCUUUAGCAUAUACUACAAGCUUCCCGGAGAUGACGAUAAAGGCAAUCAAGCGGGCAAUCUUCCUGCCAGCUGUUCACUUAUCCAAUUGCCAAUUGACUCAAUAUCAGAUGGUGGUGAUGUGUUCAAAAUGUUAAGUACCUCUUUUGUAGUAGAAUGGAAACUGUCUGAGGACUGUUUCCAAUGUCACUAUAGCGGAGGUCAAUGCAAGACUGAUAAAACCAACAAAUUUCGGUGUACAAACCCAAAUAAUCCACAUGCUCAAGAUCCAAAAACAACUAGAAGAAAGUUCAAACUGGUUCUGGGAGCAGGUACAGGUUUGUUUACUGUUGGACUGUCGAUUCUACUCUUCUACUUCAGAGAAAAGAUUUUGGGGUACAAGUACCUCAGGUUUUGGGAAUCUAAUGCUGAGGAUCACCAAAAUAUUGAAGCAUUUUUAAAGAACUAUGGGUCAUAUGCUCCAAAAAGAUACAGCUAUUCAGAAGUCAAAAGAAUCACCGGUAACUUCAAAAACAAACUAGGUCAAGGAGGAUAUGGUUAUGUGUACAAAGGAACUCUGCAUAAUGGAAGUCAUGUGGCUGUAAAGGUCCUGAAUCGACUAAAAGGCAAUGGUGAAGAGUUCAUUAACGAGGUGGCAAGUAUUAGCAGGACAUCACAUGUUAACGUCGUGAGCCUUGUGGGAUUGUGCUUUGAGGGACGCAAAAGAGCUCUCGUGUAUGAAUUCAUGCCAAAUGGAUCUCUUGAAAAAUUUAUCUAUGAGGAAAGAUCAAACACAGUUCGCCAGUUGGAUUGGCCAAUAUUGUACAAAAUUGCAUUAGGCAUUGCUCGAGGAUUGGAGUACUUGCAUCGUGGUUGUACCACUCGGAUUUUGCAUUUUGAUAUAAAGCCUCAUAAUAUACUGCUUGAUGAAGAUUUUUGUCCUAAGAUCUCUGACUUUGGUCUUGCCAAGCUGUGCGUGAAAAAGGAGAGCAUUGUGUCAAUGUUAGGUGCACGAGGGACUAUUGGUUAUAUUGCUCCAGAAAUUGUUUGCAGAAACUUGGGAGGUGUCUCUCACAAGUCUGACGUCUAUAGCUACGGAAUGAUGGUUCUAGAAAUGGUUGGAGGAAGAAAAAAUGUUGAUGUCGGAGUUGAACGCACGAGUGAAAUCUACUUUCCACAUUGGCUCUAUCGACGAAUUGAGCUAGAUGAAGAGCUUCAAUUAAUUGGGAUAAUGAAUGAAGAGGAGAAAGAAUGUGCAAGAAAGAUGGUGAUGGUGAGCUUAUGGUGCAUACAGACUGAUCCCUCAAAUCGACCAUCCAUAAGCAAGGUUGUGGAAAUGUUAGAAGGAAACCAAAACUCUAUGCAAAUUCCUCCCAAGCCUUACCUAUAUUUUUCCUCAGGAUCAGAGGUAGAUUCAUCAGUAGUAGAACUGGCCUAGUCUUCAUUUGUGUAGUCUUAUUUUGUUGUGAAGUUUUAGCAAAAGUUGUAUUGUUGCCUUUGUUUUUCUUCGAGCGCUGAAAUUAUUACUCCCUUUGUCCCAUUUUAUAAGACAUACUUUCUUUUUUAGUCGGUACUAAAAAUAAUGAUACAUUGUUAUAUUUAGUCCUCGCUCUAUUUCAAUUUAUGUGAUGUUAUUUGGCUGGACGCAGAGUUUAAGAUAGAAAUAGGGACGGAGAGGGAGUACUUACUCCAUGCAUUUCUCCUUGAAGAUGGUGGCAGGUCUAGUAUCUGGUCUGCUUAGAUGAUUGAGUGUGGGAAGCUGCAAUUUCUGAGAAAUUUCCAAAUCCAUUAACAGCCUUGACGUCGUAAGGUUGACUGGAAAUAAUAGUCACAAAAAAAAAAAAAAUCCACUGAACAAUUAAUUAAAUUUAUAGUAUUCCUUUUAUUGAGGUAGGAUAAUUUUUGUUUGAGCAUGGGAUAAUUCUAUAUGGCUUUUAGUCUUCUUCUUUUGUUAUCAUCCUCAAUUAUCAGUCUUCUUCUUGUGUUUGCUUAUUCAUGAUUUCUUCAAAUGCAACACUAAUGUCUCUGAAAAUCUUCUUUGGUAUUUUCUUUCUCUUUUGU